AUGCAUAGGAAUAUCCCGAAAAAUCCACUCAGAAACAACUCUGCUAAGGAACCAUUGGGUAAAGAUAUUGCAAGAGCAAUGAAAAAGAAGCAUAGGACGUUGACAGAGAUAAAUGAAGAGAAUAAUAGAGCAGAAAUAGAUAGGAUGUACAAAAGCGAGGAACAAUGUCAAACCCCUCAUAAAGAAUUACAAAAUAGAAACGACCCAAUAGAUAAAAUUCCACAAUUACUCGAAAAGGAAAUCAACAAUGGCUUUGUGAACAGGAAAAUUACAGAGGAGGAGAUUCUAAACGUCCUGUUGAAUUUAAACCCAACUAAACCACCUGGACCAGAUUAUAUGCACCCUAGAGCACUAAAGGAAACCGCAGAAACGUUGACAACACCUCAAUGCAAAACUUUGAGUGAAGGUCCCCUUUUGCUAUACAAAGAUACCAAGAACGGACAAGAGAAUGUGGAACUCAUGAAAGCUAGAGCUGAGAAGGAUCUCGGGAAAUGUGGAACUCCUGAAAAAUAUCUAACCAAAGAUGAAGCAAUGAAACACUUGUACGACUCACUGAUGGACAGACUCGACAAGCACGAAGUUUCCAUUCGGCAAUUGCAGACAUCGGUAGCGGAGAAAGAAGAACGAAUACAAACACUUGAAACCGAACUGGAGGAAGCGAAACAAAAACCAAAAGAGGGUUUAAAUUCAAAAACGGACAAGAGACGAUCAGCUUCUACCACAAAUGUGGCGUUUAGUACAUCCAUGGUACACGAUGUAAGUGUUCAUGAACACGAAACCGUAAUAUUUGGUCACGUGCUCUUGGACGUGGGUCUUGGCUACAACAAUGGUGACGGCGUAUAUAUAGUUCCACGGAGUGGUGUGUAUGUCUUUACGUGGUCUAUUACCUCAGAGACAAAUGAUGGUGGCAAUCAUGAUAUCCACACCAGCUUGAUGGUGAACGGAUCGCCAGUUGGUGCUAUAGAUUCGGACGCGGACAAAUACGACUGGGGAAGCGCGACUGGAGUGGUUGUCCUGUCGGUGGAUUAUGGCGAUCAUGUAUUUGUACAGGUUAUUACCGGCUCGUCGGGGAAAAUUAUUAGUAACACGGAGACAAAAUCUACCUUUUCGGGAUGGCUAUUGUUUUAG